CUAUCGCCAACUAUAAAUACACUCCCACCCUCACUUUGCGACACCAGAGUGAGUUUGCUACAUAUCUCAGCUUCAAGAAGCAGACGCAGCAGCAGCAUCUAAUAUGUCUCUCGCCUUGUUGGGUCGUCACAGCAACAUCUUCGAUGCACUCCGUGGCUUUCCCUCGGAUGACUCCGGCGCAGACGACAUCAGCAUGGACUGGAAGGAGACCCCGGAGGCGCAUGUCUUCAAGGCCGACCUCCCGGGGGUCAGAAAGGGGGACGUGAAGGUGGAGGUGGAGGACGGCUGGGUCCUCUCCAUAAGCGGCGAGCGAAGCGGGGAUCCGAUUGAUGACAAGGAGAAGUGCGAGUGGCACUGCUCGGAGAGGAGCCGCGGCAGGUUCUACAGGCGGUUUCGGCUGCCGGAGGAUGCGAAGGCCGAUGAGAUGAAGGCCUCCAUCGAGAACGGGGUGCUCACCUUGAUAGUGCCCAAGCGGCUGAUGAAGAAGCCCGAGGCAAGGUCCGUUGAGAUCACAGGCGGAGCAGCGAGCAAGAAGAGGAGCAAAGAGAAGGACGUCGUUUGCUGCAGCUUUUGGCCUCUCUGAUUUGGGUGCAACUUCGAGUGACUUUUGUGGUGUAAUUUGCACGUAAAUAUUGGUUGUGCGUGGUGAGAAUGUACAAAAGUGCUUUCGGAAUUACAAAUCUUAACGUGUUCUACGUAUGCUUCGAUGUGUAUUUUAUUUCUGCUAUUAGAUGCCUUCACUAAUGAAUGCUAAUUAUAAAUAAUUGGAUCU